ACACAGAAACAAAACUGUAGAACUCAACAGAAGGAAGAAUUAUUUUUGUUCGUUGUAGUUUGUCUUGAGAUACUCCAGAGCGGUCCAGCUGGAUACGCUGGCUGGUAUGGCCUCAACUGGGGAUGUUCAUGAAGACAGCAGCGUCUGCGGUGGUCUCUCUUAUCAGCCUCUCACAAAUGGAGAAGAAGCCAUGGAAACUAAUGAUGACGAUACCAGUCAGGAAAAUGGCAAUAAUUCAUCUGAGAACGGGAAAACUGAGGAGACACCAUCUCUUUCGGAGCAGAAGAGCAUCAUUGCUCCACUGCUCAAUUCCAGCUUGGUGGCAGGAGCACUAUGGUAUGUGGUCGAUGCGAGAUGGCUGAAGAGAUGGAAGAGAUAUGUGGGCUUGGACGAUGAUUUAUGGUCCACAGACUAUGUCGGUUCAGCUUCAGACAACCCUGGACCUAUCAACAAUUCUGAUAUAUGUACCGAUGGUGCUCUCAAACCCGUAUUAUUUGAUGAAAUGGACUACUGCCUUCUGUCUGGUGAAGCAUGGAACAACUUUGUGUCUUGGUAUGGAAUCUCAGACAGAGUUUCCCCGAUUGAGCGAAGAGUUAUUGAAAUUGGUACGCUGCGGAAGUUGAUGGUGGAAGUUUAUGGGCAACAGAUUAAGCUGUGCGAGAGCGACGAAGAAACUCUCAUAACCAAGGAGUUCAGCCGUACGGACACGUUCAGCCAUGUUUGCACUGUUGGCAAGGAAGUAUUCCAAUACCCGGCUGAGAGCAAGUGCCGCGUGUGGACUUUCCUCACUGACUAUGAACUGGUGACGGACAUGACCAUCACACUGGACGAGGCCGACGUGUCACCUGGUGAUAGAAUCAUGAUCGAACGGCAACACGCCGAUGGGAAAUGGCCGCGCGCCACUCUGAACAACGCCGAUUCUGGAGUGUCGUCAGCCAAUGACCUCAAUUCCAGCGCCGGGGCGGGAAACACUGUUGGUCAACAACGUUCCAGCUCCAACUACAUCUCGUCGUACUAUUCUGGUGGCUCGUCCUGGUACUCUGGCAACCAGAGACCGACUACGCCAGGAUUGUGUGGUCUGAGCAACUUGGGUAACACGUGUUUCAUGAACUCCGCGCUACAGUGUAUGAGCAACACGAGGAUGUUGACACGCUAUCUGCUUGAAGAGAAACACGUUGACGAGAUCAACGUGGACAACCCGCUUGGCAUGCAGGGUCAGAUCGCCAUGGUCUAUGCACGUCUUCUUAAGGAGAUAUGGUCAGGCCGAUUCUCGUCCGUCAGUCCUAGAGAGUUCAAGGGCGUUGUGGGUCGCUUUGCACCUCAGUUCUCCGGAUUCGCACAGCAUGACUCGCAGGAGCUGCUUGCUUUUCUUCUUGAUGGCUUGCAUGAGGACUUGAACCGUAUCCGCAAAAAGCCGUACGUGGAACUGAGCGACUCCGAUGGCAGGAAUGAUGAGGAGGUGGCCACCGAGGCGUGGAAAGCUCACCUGAAGCGCAAUGAUUCCGUCAUUGUUGAUAUGUUUCAGGGCCAAUUCAAGUCGCGUUUGGUUUGCCCCGUGUGCAAUAAGGUGUCGGUGACAUUUGAUCCGUUCAUGUUCCUGUCACUGCCUUUGCCUAUCAAGAAGACGCGUGUCAUCGAGGUCACCCUCGUCUACACAGAUCCGGCAGCCCGGCCUAAAGCGUUCAAUCUCUCUGUUCCCAAGCGUGGCACGGUAAAGCACCUGCUGCAAGAACUCGGGAAAAUAUCCAACAUCCCUGCUGACCAACUCGUCUGUGCUGAUGUGUACAGCCAUCGCUUCCACAAGGUCUUCCGCCCGUCGGAGAUGGUGUCGAAUAUCCUCGACCGCGAUGUUAUCUUCGCCUAUGAGGUGGAAGCAGAGGACGUGGGCGAUGGUGACAAUGUCACCUUGCCCGUCUACCAUCGAGAACAGGACUUGACACCACGCUCCACCUACUCCACCUACUACUCCUACUCAACUCCGUCACCCACUCUCUUUGGCCUGCCUUUCUUUGUGACCGUUCCUCGGCGUGGCACCACCUAUGAAGCGCUCUACGAGAAGAUUCUAUUUCAGCUAUCUCGCUUUGUGAAGCCCGAGCGAUGCACUCCAUUGCCAGAAGAGCCAGCCACAAUGGCUACCCCAGCUGUUGAGAGCCUGAACAGCAACGGGUCCACCCACGGUAGCAGCAUGGACGCCAGUGAUGUCAAACAGGAAGAAGCUGACCAAACCGAUUCCAGCCAUCUCGAGCAAGAAACGGACAAUGGCAACGGCAUUGAAGCUGAUGCGUCUGGUAGCGGCGACGAGGCUAGCGAUGAUACUGACGCGAAGCCAAGCCCCAUAGCUGACAGCAAGGUGCCUGUUCUGUUCCAACUGUCAGUUGUAAACAGUUAUGGUGGCACAUCGAUCUCGAAAUUUGAGAAAGAUGGGCACGAGCUGGAUCUGCUGAGUCACACGCACGUCGGCGUCGACUGGGAUGAUGCACGCAAGAAACAGGCAUACGAUGAGGAAGAGGCCGAUGCCGUGUGUGAGAAUUCAGAGAGCGAAGGCGCGGAUGCAGCUGAUGCAGUGCCAAAGAAGAUCCAGCUUACUGACUGCCUGAAGCUGUUCACGACAGAAGAGCAGUUAGGUGAGGAUGAUCCGUGGUACUGUCCGCAGUGCAAGGAGCACCGUCAGGCCAUGAAGAAGUUUGAUAUUUGGAAGCUACCCAAGGUGCUCGUUGUUGCCCUGAAACGCUUCAGCUACACGCGCCAGUGGCGUGACAAGCUGGACACCAUGGUGCACUUUCCCAUCCAGGGUCUCGACUUACGCGAGUACGUCUUCGAACCUAAUCCUCAGUUUCCAGCCAUCUACGACCUGCAUGCUGUUUCCAAUCACUUUGGUGGUCUCGGUGGUGGACACUACACCGCGUAUGGCCUGCACCAUGACACGCAGAAAUGGUACGACUUUGACGACAGCGGUGUCUCGUCCAUCACGCAGAAUGAGCUGGUGUCACAAAGCGCGUAUGUCUUGUUUUACACACGUCGUGAUGUCGCUGUGCCACCACCUGCCAUGAAUGGCUUGGCCGGCAGCAGCAACGGUGAUGCUAGCAGUGCUGGCAGCAACAGCGAUCUUGCUGCUGAAGCAUCCACCAGUGAAGCCCUAGCAGAUGCUGCAGCUGAUGCUACACCAUCUGAAGCUGCCGAUGAAGAUGUCAGCAUGGUUGAUGAGGAAUCAGCUGACGUCUAACUCCUGCCAGCUGCUGACCAGAGGAAGUCGGUAUUUACCCUCUUCUUUUUUUUCUCUUUUUGUCAGUGUGAAUGAUACGUGUACCUGCUGUACGCUGGGUAUUGUUUCAUCCUCUGCAUUAUUGUGAACCAGACACAUUGAUUGUGUGUGGGGAAUGGAAGUAUUUAAUAACGUUUGAUCUUUGGUAAUCAGUCAGUUUGAUUCUGUGCUUCUGCAGGUGUUGUUUUUACAAUGUGUGAGAUAAGAUGUAAGUGGUUCUUCUCACACGUCAGUAUUCUGCAUCUCCUCGUGUCUGCUUGUUUCUUGUUCGUUUGUAGUUCUUUUGUUUGUCUUGCUGUCCCGUCUUGCUGUCCCGCCUCUUGUCUCAGCAGUUGCGCACAGGGAGAGUUGUUUCUUACUUCUUAUAAUUAUCAUAUUGAUUUAAUUUGCCGCAAUGCAUUGCACACCUUAGUGGACCGCACCACCAACAACUGACGUCUGCUUGUUUGUACAUGCACCUGCUAUUAUUGUCCCUGUUUUAUGAAUUUUGUGUUCGGUCAGAUGUGACCUCUGCAUAGAACAUACAGUGAUCAUUUUUGUUCUGAUCUCAAUGACUCUCUGCUUUCUCCUGUCCUUGUCCGGAUAUGUUGAUUUGUUUUGGAACUCGCUUGUACUGCUGAAAAUUGAAAGUAGUACAUAACAUGUCUCGCACCAUGAUUUGAGAGUAGAGCUGUACAAUUCGUUUUAACUUUUGCUGCUUGGUUUUACAUGCAGCUUUCCGAGUAAUAUUUCAAAGUAAAGUUA